AUGGCCGACAUUGACGAAACAAAUAUCGACGAAAUAGUCGGCUACGAAUACGAGUCGAAGAUACCAGAAAUAAUCACUGAUGAUAUGAACGAAUCUGGUUAUCAAGAAGGCUCAGAGACGAGUUUCGGGGACAGACGGGAUUCGAAGGAAGGGUUAUGUGAGGGGGAUUCUGAUAGUGGAGUAGAUGGGGUGAGUAGUGGCUGCAGUACCGUGGACGACUGCCCGGUGGUGUCUAUCAAUGAUGUGGUCGCAUAUUACGAUGACAUCCGCCCGAGGCGACGGCACGUGCCUCAACUUAAUUUCUACCACGUCGACAUCGAGAGGAUGGCUUUGGACGCUGUUGCUCAGGUAAUGCUUAGGUUA